AUGCAAAAACCUGCAAUGAAGUUGACCUGGAAAACUCUAUAGAUUGGGAAGUGAAGACGAUUACUAGUGCUAUGAAGCAAUAUCUGCGAAGCCUUCCAGAGCCAUUGAUGACAUACGAGUUACAUGGAGAAUUCAUCAUUCCUGCCAAAAGUGGAAGUCCUGAAUCUCGAGUUAAUGCUGUUCACUUCUUGGUCCAUAAACUCCCAGAAAAGAACAAAGAGAUGCUGGAAAUUUUGGUGAAACAUUUAGCGAAUGUUUCAAAGCAUGCCAAGAGGAAUCUAAUGACUGUAGCAAAUCUAGGGGUAGUAUUUGGACCAACCUUAAUGAGGCCACAGGAAGAAACUGUAGCAGCCAUCAUGGACCUGAAGUUUCAGAAUAUUGUCGUUGAAAUCCUGAUAGAAAAUCACGAGAAGAUUUUCAAAACCCUGCCUGAUGCCACUUUCCCUGAGCCAAUCUCUAUGUCAGUAUCUCCUCCAAAUGCCCCACCAAGGCAAUCGAGAAGACAAGGACAACGUAUUAAGAGGCCUCUGGCUGUCUACAAUCUCUGUCUUGAGCUGGAUGAUGCUGACAGCCACAGCUCUCCCAGAGAAGACACCCCAACUGGGAGCACGGACUCUCUUUCUUCCCAAUCUCCCACACCUGCCUUCUCUAGUAGCCCGCCUGGCCUCCUGGAUGGAAACCACCUUAUCAUGGACAGUGGAGAUCUUGCAGGCUUCACAACAAAUCUACUUGGUCAGAGCCGCCCAUCGAUGGUCUCAUGGAUGAAUACUCCAUCUGCAAACCCGACUGCCACAAACACUGCACCAUCCACUUUCUUCUUCCCUAACCCUGCCACUGGGAGUGACAGAGCAGUGGAAAGUGUUGCUCACCGAAAAGCAAGAGCAGUUUAUCCGUGUGAAGCAGAACAUAGCUCUGAAUUAUCAUUUCAGAUAGGAGCAAUUUUUGAAGAUGUGCAAUUUUCCAGAGAACCAGGAUGGCUAGAAGGCACACUAAAUGGCAAGAGAGGACUUAUUCCACAAAAUUAUGUUCAGUUCUUAUAG